AUGGAGCUUGUAGUACCAAACGUUUGGUCUGCUACUUUGAAAGACAUCAUCAGUGAUAUAAGCGUUGUCUGCGAGGGCCAAGAUAUCUACGAAGCAACGACUGACUGUUCUGCAAACGCAAAAAAAUGGGAAAUUGAGUUGGCAACAUUGAAAAGCAACAACGCGCGGCUUACGAGCGCUUUGCAAGAAAGCACAGCCAACGUUGACGAAUGGAAGAGACAGCUGGCUAGUUUGAAAGAGGAGAACAUGAGGAUGAAGGCGAAAUACCAGGCUGAUUUAGAAAAUAGUAAAGGCGGUGGCGAAUUGGCUGAUGAGCUCCGGAAAGAAAUUCAGUCGUUGAGAAUUCGGGUGGACCAAAUGGAAACGGAAUUAGAUAGCAAAAAUAGCGAAAUAAAACUUCUGAGUUCGUCAAACAAAAGUACUGAAAUUCAGUGUCUACAGAAGGAAAAUCAAGAAUUGCAGAGUACGAUAAAACUGGCACAAUCAGAAUUAGAGGUUGCGCUUGGGGCGCAUGAAUCCCAGAAACAGGUACUGCUCACGCUCAACCAGCAACUCGCAUCGCGAAUACACGAGUUGGCGACGAUUCACGACGAGAUGACAACAGCGCUGCAAACGUGAGAGAGAUAGCGUUACAUCGUAAGCGAACGUACAUACAUCGCGUACGUCUAGAGAGUAGCGCGCGCGCCUUUUUUGUUUCUCGCCAUCUUGAAUCGCUCGCCAUUUGUUUUGCGCACCAUUCUCGAGAAGCUCAAAUUAUUUGCUCGAAGGUGGAAAGUUGAUGACGAUGUUGUGUCAAUGUUUAUCUCUCCCGUUAUUUUCUUCAUGGUUUAUGCUGAACAAUUCGGUUUCAAGAAGCUAUGGUGGGUGAUUUUGGUAAAUUAUCGAACUACCUGAAUUAAAUGACUGCUCGGUACUCAUAGUAUUAAAUCUCGUCCGGUUCUAGAACAAUUAUAAUUUAUAGCCCUAAAACAAUUUGAUCAUAAAAACUUGAGCAUAUUGAGAGUGUGAUGGAAUUAGCCAAUACUUUAUGAAAUUUAUGAAAACAUAUUCAAGACACUUUAUUGUGAGAUUUUUAUCAGAUAGUUAACAAAACCGGGCAGUAGUUCAAACUGUUGAGUAAAAAUUCCAUGAUAGAGUGUUAUUUAAAUAUGUUGUGUGGUCCAGGUAGAUUGAGAGGACAGUUGAAUUUUCAAAAACCAUCAGAAUUUUUAUUUCCAAAUAAUAUUGUUAUAAUGCUAGAAUUCGUACAUAGAAGAUGAUUAAUACUUUCAAAUAAUUUCAAGGUAAUACAUUAUAUGAAUGCUUUGCUUUAUCAUGUUAAUGAAAUUAUGGACCUAGAAACGUUCAACAGUGGUGUUGUUUAUAACGGAUGAUCGGGUAGGAACAGUCUCAACAAUGCAUCAGGCUGGCUCAACUACAUUUAAAGUACUUGGAAUACACUAUUACAAUUAAAAACAAUUGUCCUCCAUGAUCUAGCCAUGUGGUCAUGCACACCAAGUGACGCAUGUGCAUUACAAUAUAUCAAGUCUGAAGUGCCUAAUGCUUCACUGGAUAAGUUAAUUGAUUUGUUGGAACACUCCAUCCAUUUUCUCUUGAGUUUUGUGACUUCAUAUGAAUUGAAUCUCAUUAGUCACCGCUUACCUUUUCCUGAUAUAGGUACUUCAGGCUUCCUUCAAGUGCCAGUGCUAGCUGAAACCACAUUAUUUAAAAUAGAGCUCCCAUCUAUGUGACUCAUAUUAAUGUGUACUUUAUCAUGUAUGAAUUCAUCAAUAUUGAUUUCUGGUUCUUCCCUACAAGUACUUUUGGCCUCGCCAAUAUCAGUUUCCCUAUCGCUUUUUGGCUCAGUACAAUAAAUGUUUCAUUUGGGUUAAGAUUUGUCUCACCGCUUAAAUUUUUGUCAUACUGAAUAGUACCAUGUGAUACUUGCAACAAUAUACAAUUUUUACUACACUUCUUUCGUCUUUAUUUUGUACUAUACAUUUUCUCAAUCUAUGAUGGUGUCUAUUCUUUAACCCUUAGAUUUAUGUAAUCCCCUACCAAGAUAUCGUCACCUACUUCAAAGCCACGUUUUUUCAUUUUCUCCAAUAAAUUUGUUCUUCCUGAGCUUCUGUGCUCCUUUGGAUAUCGUCCACAUCGCUAUUGUUGUUUCUCUUUGAUGAAGAUAGAUGGUUCAGCCUAGACUUUAAUUUGCGGCCAAACAUUACUUUAGCUGGAGAUUUCUUCAUUGUGCAAUGCUCUGUAUUCCUGUAUGCCAAAAGAAAUCUUGAUAUCAGUAUAUUGAUUAGCGCACUCUUUAUUUUUGGGCCAUACCAUGCCGCCUUUAGUUUACGUUUCAAGGAUUUUAUAGCUUUUUCGGCUGUUUUUUUACACUCUACAUUACCAACAUAUUUUUAUCUAAAAAAACCUUACGAUUUCUACAAAAAAAAAAAUUAUUAGAGAACUCACAAUUUAAAACGCUAUGCAUGUUACUUUCACAUACAUUACAUAUAUUUUUGUUUCCUUCAGUCUGUUUAUCAUUUCCGUUCCUUCAUCUCUCUAAUUCACCGCACUUGACCCCCGUGACGACAGGCGAAUACUCCCCAGUAUCACCAACUCUGAAUAUCCGAUGACUUCUCCGCUGUAGCCGUUGAUAGUGGACUGUAAAACUUUAGUUUUUCAAAGGUGUGUUUCUUGGAAAGAUUCGGGAAAGCCAAAUCCUGUGAAACAGUUAAUAAGUUGACGUACCUAUCAAACUCACUACUACAUUGUUUUGUCUUCUUAACCGUUGUCUUGCGGACACUGCUCCAGUUUCUCCUUAUAAAUGUGCCAGUCCUCUGUAUUGUGGUUGAACUGACUCACAUGUCCCACUAAUCUACUCAUGGUUGCUGUUGUUCCACCACCUUGGUUGGUAGUAGUGGUACUUGCCGGUACUGGAAAAGUGUCAAACUCACCGCCACUGUUAUGUUUAUAACCAGGUCGGCUUAAUUACGUUUAAUGAAAUAUUCGACUACAAAGAACACCGUUGAACAAGUCGUAAGUGCCUAAUGCUUUGCCGGGUGGUAACUUAAGUGAUUUGCUAGAAUUGGUUUCACAGUUCUUCCACAGUUCUGUUAAUAAAUCUGCAACCACACAGUCCACUUUUUUUAAUGUAAGGUUAAUUUCAAUAAUAACUUAGUUUUUCUGUAGUUUCACACUUACACUUAAUUUUGUUAUUGAUAAUGUAUAAGUUUGAAAGAUUUUGAGAAGUGUUGUGUAACCAAAUGUUUGUUUUUUGAAAUAAUUCAAAAAUAGCUGUAAUUCGAAGUGUGAAAAGGUGAAUCUUGUGGCAUUCAUUUUUAUUUUGCAGAUAAUUUCAUGGUUUACCAAAACAAUUCUGUCUCGCCAUUGUCGCGUUAUUGGCUGUUAAUCAAAUUACAUCUGACACAGUUUUUUUUAUUCUGAAGAAUUUGAGAAAAGUGGAUGUUAGCAAUAUCUUUGAAAAAUUUGACUUUCCUCCUAUUUCAAUGAAGUGUAUGAUCUCAAUUUAUUGAAACAGAUAUCAAAUAUAGUCCACUUACUUUGUCAAAUGGCUCUAUUUAAAGUAUCUUGCUAAGUUGUUAUUAAAAUGCCGUGCUUUAAGUUUUUACAAAUUUGUCCAAGAAUAAAAAAGGCUUUUCCACAGCAAAAAUCCAACAUGCCUAAAUUGGAAACUUUGCAUGCAAUCAUCUUGUGUUAUUUUUUACUCUUUUUGUUGUUUAUUCCGUGAGACAGUUCAAUACACAGGAAACAGCGCGAUGACCAUCGGUUAGCCGUGUUUUGGGAAACAAUAGGAUUCAUAUCCUGAAACUUGGAAGGCAGAUAUUGGUUUUUUAAUAUGCUUUAUCUAUUGAAAAUAAUGGCGUUUUUCUGGUUAUACCGGAAGUUUGUACCAAAUUGCUGUAUUCUUAUGUAACACCCUGUAUAUUUUCCGCAAUUUCAAUUGAUAAAUUAUCUGCUGCAACUAUCACAACAUUUUGUAGUAUGUUUCGGUAUCCUUAAUCAUUCAAAUGUUCAUCAUAGAUGUAUGAACACAGAAUCCUGUUGUGCUUUGUAUCACAAUAAAUAUUAAAACCUUAACUUUUUUGGAAAUAUUGGUUACUAUAUGUGUCUACCAUCUCAAGGAUUUUAUUUUAUAUCAGCCUCUAUAUGUGUCUACCAUCUCAUGAUUUUUAUUUGUGAUGUAUCCUAUAUGUUGUAUAUGAUCUGAAAGGAUUAAAUGAAGAUUAUUAUCACUGAUAAAUAAUCCACUUUUGGUGAACAAGGAUUCAUCACUACAUAUACUAUUUUUAAGAAAAUGUGGAUCUUCCUGACUUUUUAUCAGCAACCAUUCACAAAACACAAUUCGACGAUGGAAAUCCGUUUUCAGUUUGUA